AGACAACAGGGAGGUGGGCAGCCCAGGGGCGGGCGGAGCUCUCCAGCCGUGCAGGCCCUGGGGCUCCGGCCGCUCACUGGUGAAGUCCAGGAGUGGCUGAAAUCCAAGCUGGGGUAACAAAAGGCAGCCGCUGUCCCUAAGCCGGCACAGCUCUGAUCCGCCCUCCCACCCGCCCUCCGCUGCCCGCGGGCCAUGUAAGAACGGCCCCGGGGGCCCCGCAGCCGCUGGUCAGAGGGCAGCGGGUCCAUGCAUGACACCGGCCAGGCCUCCGGGGGACCUCGGGGGCCGUGAGCACGCAGAGAGAGCUUCCCGGGCCCCUCGGGGGCGGGGGGGGGGGGCGCCGAGGGCCAGCCCCGAAGAUGCCCACCAACGGCCUGCACCAGGUGCUGAAGAUCCAGUUUGGCCUGGUCAACGACACCGACCGCUACCUGACAGCCGAGAGCUUCGGCUUCAAGGUCAACGCCUCGGCACCCAGCCUCAAGCGGAAGCAGAUGUGGGUGCUGGAGCCGGACCCGGGGCAGGGCCCGGCCGUGCUGUUCCGCAGCAGCCACCUGGGCCGCUACCUGUCAGCCGAGGAGGACGGGCGCGUGGCCUGCGAGGCGGAGCGGCCGGGUCGUGACUGCCGCUUCCUGGUCCUGCCGCAGCCCGACGGGCGCUGGGUGCUGCGGUCGGAGCCCCACGGCCGCUUCUUCGGUGGCACCGAGGACCGGCUGUCCUGCUUCGCCACGGCCAUCUCCCCGGCCGAGCUGUGGACCGUACACCUGGCCAUCCACCCGCAGGCCCACCUGCUGAGCGUCAGCCGCAGGCGCUACGCGCACCUGUGCCCGCAGGAGGACGAGAUGGUGGCGGAUAGCGACACGCCGUGGGGCGUGGGCGCGCUCAUCACCCUCAUCUUCCAGAACCGGCAGUACUGCCUCAGGUCCUGUGACAGCCGCUACCUGCGCAGCGACGGCCGCCUCGUGUGGGAGCCCGAGCCCCGAGCCCGCUACACGCUGGAGUUCAAGGCCGGCAAGCUGGCCUUCAAGGACUGUGAUGGCCGCUACCUGGCACCCGUGGGCCCCACUGCCACGCUCAGGGCGGGUCGCAACACGAGGCCCGGCAAGGACGAGCUCUUCGACCUGGAGGAGAGUCACCCGCAGGUGGUGCUGGUGGCCGCCAACCACCGCUACGUGUCCGUGCGGCAAGGGGUCAACGUCUCAGCCAACCAAGACGAGGAACUGCAUCAUGAGACCUUCCUGAUGCAAAUUGACCAGGAGACAAAGAAGUGUACCUUCUAUUCCAGCACGGGGGGCUACUGGACCCUGGUCACCCAUGGGGGCAUCCAGGCCACGGCCACACAAGUUUCGGCCAGCACCAUGUUUGAGGUGGAGUGGCGCGGCCGGCGGGUGGCACUCAAGGCUAGCAAUGGGCGCUACGUGUGCAUGAAGAAGAAUGGGCAGCUGGCGGCCACCAGCGAUUUUGUGGGUGAGGACGAGGAGUUCAUUCUCAAGCUCAUCAACCGCCCCAUCCUCGUGCUGCGGGGCCUGGACGGCUUCGUCUGCCACCGUCGUGGCUCCAACCAGCUGGACACCAACCGCUCGGUCUACGACGUCUUCCGCCUGAGCUUCAGCGACGGCGCCUACCACAUCCGAGGCCGCGGCGGCGGCUUCUGGUACACCGGCAGCCACGGCAGCGUGUGCAGCGACGGCGAGCGCGCCGAGGACUUCCUCUUCGAGUUCCGCGAGCGCGGCCGCCUGGCCAUCCGCGCCCGGAGCGGCAAGUACCUGCGCGGCGGCGCCUCGGGGCUGCUGCGCGCGGACGCGGACGCUCCCGCCGGGGUCGCGCUCUGGGAAUACUGAGCGGGCGGCCGGCCUGUCCCCCAUUAAACCGUGUCUGUGUCGCAG